UAAUAAAUUGUGAUAUCAGUAAUUUAUAUGCUCCAUACUCUUGUGGAUUAACUACAGCCUGGUUAACUCCUAAAACGCAGUAAUAUGGGACUUACAUCAGCUAGAGAUAACACAUAGAUACAUUUGUUGUAUGAUGUUUAUCGAAUUGUAGGGUCGAGCACGAUGUCAGUUGCGUGAGUUAACACUUACCGUAUGAUAUUGAAGAAAAAUACAUUUUUGGUUGCUUUGGGGAGGCGAUGGAGUGUGUAGCAUAUGGGUGUGGGUGAGGUGUGACAUAUACGACAUAAGCACCGCCAGAGACAGACCAUCCGAGAGACUGCGCUGGGCGUUUGCAAAGCUGUCCACCAGUACACUACGCAAUUGCGCAAUACGGGGAUGUUGUGCGAGCAGUGGCAAGAAAUAAAUAGUUAGAAACUUAGUGCAGCCACACGUGCAGGGGUGUGUCUGUUUGUAAUCACCCGUUCCUGGAGACAUUUGGUUCAGCACAUCGAGGAUACUUGGAUGUCCCUUCUUGCGACUCUCCAUAGUGAGCCGGCUGUAUCGUUACAUGGAGGCACGAGAAGGACAACGAAGAAUAACCGUGGAACUGUGUCGGAUGUUUGCUUGUUGGACAUCGUAGUUCCAGCAUGAUGCUAUAUGUAAUUUGUUUCAGAAGCUGGACGGUGGAUACAAUUGUCAAAAGUGCGGAUAUUUGAGCGGGACACACGCACAAUGCACAUUGCGGACAUGGCUGUCUCUGUGUUUGUAGUAGUGAUAAUCGCCGUCUCGUUUCUGUCCAACGUGGUGGUACUGAUCUGCUUUUUGUACAACCAGGAGAUUCGAAAGCAGGUGCCCGGGUUGUUUAUCCUCAACCUAACCGUCUGCAACCUGUUGCUUACCGUGUCCAAUAUGCCUCUAACUCUGGUCGGACUUAUCAACAAAGGAAACACUGGAGGCAGCGGGUUCUGUCAAACUGUGGGUUUCCUGGACACUUUUCUCACCACAAACGCAAUGCUCAGUAUGGGGGCUUUGAGCAUCGAUCGAUGGGUGGCAGUAGUUUUUCCGCUGAGCUACCACUCCAGAAUACGACACCGGGACGCAGUGAUAGGGCUUGGAUACACGUGGAUGCACUCGCUCUCGUUCUCCACGGUGGCCACUUGCUCUUCCUGGGUUGGGUACCAUCACCUAUACGCAUCAUGUACGCUCUGCAAUGCGAGAGCAAGCGGCUCCCGGACGCAGUUCAUCAUCUACACUGUGGUGUUACACUCUCUCACGUUUCUCUUGACCUUAAUCGUGUUGUGUGUAACGUACCUGAAAGUUCUGAAAGUUGCGCGGUUUCACUGUAAACGCAUCGACGUGAUCACUAUGCAGACCUUAUUGCUGCUUGUGGAUAUUCACCCGAGUGUGCGCCAGCGAUGCCUGGAUGAGCAGAGACAGCGGAGGCAGAGAGCCACCAAGAAGAUCAUCACAUUCAUUGGAACGUUUGUGGUGUGCUUCGCCCCUUACGUCAUCACGAGAAUCUUCGAGCUCUUCACGCUAGGACAGAUAAACCCUCACUGGGGUGUCUUGUCUAAGUGUUUGGCCUACAGCAAGGCAGCCUGCGACCCCUUUGUCUACUCACUGCUCCGGAACCAGUACAGGAAGACAUGCAGCGACCUGACCAACAAGAUCCUGAAGAGAAGUUCCUUUAACUCCUCCGCCCGCAUGGUGGAGAACGGAAGGGUCAACGACACCAACAACUUCAAACCCACCCAUUGACUAUGGCAAGAUGGAGACAUUGAGGUACUUACAUACAGUUGAAGUCAGAAGUUUACAUACACUUAGGUUGGAGUCAUUAAAACUCAUUUUUCAACCACUCCACACAUUUCUUGUUAACAAACUAUUGUUUUGGCAAGUAUGUUAGGAAAUCUACCUUGUGCAUGACACAAGUGAUUUUUCCAACAAUUGUUUACAGACAGAUUAUUUCAGUCAUUAUUCGCUGUAUCACAAUUCCAGUGGGUCAGAAGUUUACAUACACUAAGUUGACUGUGCCUUUAAACAGCUUGGAAAAUUCCAGAAAAUUAUGUCAUGGCUUUAGAAGCUGAUGAUUGGCUAAUUGACACCAUUUGAGUCAAUUGGAGGUGUACCUGUGGAUGUAUUUCAAGGACUACCUUAAACUCAGUGCCUCUUUGCUUGACAUGAUGGGAAAAUCAAAAGAAAUGAGCCAAGACCUCAGAAAAAAUAUUGUAGACGUCCACAAGGCUGGUUCAUUCUUGGGAGCAAUUUCCAAAUGCCUGAAGUUACCACAUUCAUCUGUACAAACAAUAGUACGCAAGUAUAAACACCAUGGGACCACGCAGCCAUCAUACCGCUCAGGAAGGAGACGUGCUCUGUCUCCUAGAGAUGAACGUACUUUGGUGUGAAAAGUGCAAAUCAAUCCCAGAACAACAGAAAAGGACCCUGUGAAAAUUCUGGAGUAAACAGGUACAAACAUAUCUAUAUCCACAGUAAAACGAGUCCUAUAUCGACAUAACCUAAAAGGCCGCUCAGCAAGGAAGAAGCCACUGCUCCAAAACCGCCAUAAAAAAGCCAGACUACAGUUUGCAACUGCACAUGGGGACAAAGAUCAUACUUUUUGGAGAAAUGUUCUCUGGUCUGAUGAAACAAAAAUAGAACUGUUUGGCUAUAAUGACAAUUAUUAUGUUUGGAGGGAAAGGGGAUGCUUGCAAGCUGAAGAACACCAUCCCAACCGUGAAGGAUGGGGGUGGCAGCAUCAUGCUGCAGGAGGGACUGCUGCACUUCACAAAAUAGAUGGCAUCAUGAGGAACGAAAAUUAGGUGAAUAUAUUGAGGCAACCUCUCAAGACAUCAGCCAGGAAGUUAAAUAUUGGUCGCAAAUGGGUCUUCCAAAUGGACAAUGACCCCAAGCAUACUUCCAAAGUUGUGGCAAAAUGGCUUAAGGACAACAAAGUCAAGGUAUUGGAGUGGCCAUCACAAAGCCUUGACCUCAGUCCUAUAGAAAAUUGUGUGGGCAGAACUGAAAAAGCGUGUGCGAGCAUGGAGGCCUACAAACCUGACUCAGUUACACCAGCUCUGUCAGGAGGAAUGGGCCAAAAUUCACCCAACUUAUUGUGGGAAGCUUGUGGAAGUCUACCUGAAACAUUUGACCUAAGUUAAACAAUUUAAAGGCAAUGCUACCAAAUACUAAUUGAGUGUAUGUAAACAUCUGACCCACUGGGAAUGUGAUGAAAGAAAUAAAAGCUGAAAUAAAUAAUUCCCUCUACUAUUAUUCUGACGUUUCACAUUCUUAAAAUAAAGUGGUGAUCCUAACUGACCUAAAACAGGGACUUUAGAAUUAAUCCUAGUAGGAUUAAAUGUCAGGAAUUGUGAAAAACUGAGUUUAAAUGUAUUUGGCUAAGGUGUAUGUAAACUUCCGACUUCAACUGUACCUAAGUAGUGAGCCAUGGUUGGAGAGUGGAGAGAGUUGAAAAAAACCUGAGAAGAGAUUGUUGCUUUGUAUCGAUUUCGUACUUUCGCAGUUUUGAGCAGGGUUAACUGUUGCUCUCUUGUCUCGUUGUGUGACAUGAGUGAGAAAACAUGACGCCCUUAAUUGGGAAGAUAUGACGGAGAGUCAUGUGGGUCACGAAUUACUGUUGCUAAGCCAGUGAGUCACUAAUUCAUUAAAGUAUGUCAAUUCGUUUAAAAUGGUU